UUUACCAUCCCUUCACGCAGAAUGCAGAUUUGGCUCAUUUCCGUACUGGUACUGGCUGGCGCCAUCUUCGCCGCAGAUGGCUGCGGUAAGACCAGUUACCCUCCAAGCAGCUGGCGGGUGGUGGGCGGCACCAAGGCUACCCAUGGGACAUGGCCGUGGCAAAUCUCCCUCAGAAUGUUGUCGGGGGGGACACAUCGCCACAUUUGUGGAGGGACCAUCAUAAAUGACCAGUGGAUCUUGACGGCAGCCCAUUGCUUCUUGGCAACAAGUUCUAUCUCUGGAAGUCGGGAAGCCGCCUACUACCGCGUGCGAGUGGGUGAACACAAGCAGACGGCCUAUGACGGCACCGAGAGAGACCAUUACGUCGAGAAAAUCAUUCGGCACUAUUCAUAUUAUGGCUAUCAACCUACGGACCCACAUGACAUCGCCCUCAUCAAACUGAGCAGCAAAAUCUCCUUCAACACCCAUGUGCAGCCCGUCUGUCUGAAUCAACAGUACGGACAGUUUGACAGCACCGACGGAUGCUGGAUCACAGGCUGGGGAGACACAAAAGGGACGGAGGACUCCAACUACCUGCAGCAGCUCUCGGGCCGCGUGUGGUCGAACCGGGAGUGCCAGUACGGCUGGGAUAGGUACAGUGGAUGGCAGUCCUCUAUCCAAUCGGGAAUGGUCUGUUUCGGCCACGGGAGCACUGGCGCAUGCGUCGGUGAUUCUGGUGGGCCACUGGUGUGCAAGAAGCCCGGCACCAGUGAGUACGUCCAGAUUGGUGUGACAUCAUGGGGACAUGGUGAUUGCGACAAGUACGGGAAGCCCAGUGUCUAUACCCGGGUGUCCAGCUAUCAUUCAUGGAUCACGAACACGGUCUCGUACAAUUAAGGUGGACAAGGAAUAUAAGGGAGUUCUUGCAAGGCACGAGAAAUGCAAAUGUGAACGCCCGUAAACCCACUGAUCACGAUGUCGAACAAUAUGGGCGUUCGCGUUGGCUUUGCGGGGACGUUGCGGAAACUACCAAUUAGACCUAUACCGUAAAGAUUGAUCUACGACCAGUGCAAGCUCUGUUUUUAACCUAGUGAAUAAACUCAAUACGUAAUGAAUA